AUGAUGACUUUGAGGAAGAUGUUGAAUAUUGUUUUGUUCCAGAUUCUGUUGGAAGAUGAUGACAUUGAGGAAGCAUUGAAUCUUUUGGAUCAAGCCAGUUCAGAACGCAAUGAACUUGAUACCUUGCUAUUUAAUACCAUUAUUCUUGAAAAAGCCUGUGAAACAGGUUUUGAGUAUGAUAUGUGA